CGUUCCUAAACCAUCGAAACAUAAUAGCGGAUGGACCUGCGGUAGUCGGUGGUUGUUGUCGUGCAGUUGCGAGGUGGUUGCUUGCCCAUCAGUGCCGCCGAGACGACGUUUCGCACCUGAAGGUGGUGGCGGCCUCAGUGCUACAACCAUGGAACCGCCCCCGCAGAUACAGAUCACCCCAGCCGCCCUAGAAACAGUUUCAGAAAAAGUAUCGAGGAAAGUCAGCAUUGCUGAUGACGACGAUAAAAACACUCACGCCGAAGUGUCAAAGCUACACAGCAUUUUAAAAGAACGAACUAGUUCAGAAGAUGGAAAGAAAGAAAAUGGGAACGCUAUGUCAAAAAUAUUUGAUCCAGACACAUUGCAGAUACGAGUUAGGUAUUCUGGAAGUCUUGAAAAGGAAAGCAAAACUUGGUGGUACAGAUUUUGUGUAAAAUGCAGAGGAGAAGACGAAGAAAACAUACCUUCUUGGGAACCGAAUUCAUGGCCAAGAUUUUGUCCUUACCCCUUUUUUCCCACUUACAGACAGUUUUCUAGAGUUGCCUGUCUCAUUCUAAUAGGACUACUAUUUUGGUGCGUCAUAUAUUCCAUUGUAGGUGACACUGCAGCGCCACCACACGGUAAGCUCUUCCAGCUCAUCCUUAUCAGUAUAUGCGCUUACUUGGGCGGAUGGGUGGUAAGUUUGACAACGCUGCCCGCUCUAAUAGGCAUGCUAUUCACGGGUUUGUUCUUGCAAAAUGCCGGCGUGGUCGAUUUGGACGAGUCGUUUUCAGAAGUCGCCAACAAAAUCAGACAUGGAGCCCUUGUCAUAAUCCUGAUCAGAGCAGGUUUGGAUCUGGACCCAAAAGCCUUGUGGAAAUGGAAGUGGGUAGUGGUACGCCUCAGCCUGAUACCCUGGCUCACGGAGGGAGGAGUUUGCGCUAUUUCGGCGAAGUUCCUGUUUGGCAUGACGUGGAGCUACUCCAUAUUGCUGGGAAGUAUUAUUGCAGCAGUGGCACCCGCAGUUGUGGUACCAUGUCUCUUUAGGUUACGAACUAAAGGAUAUGGUGUAGCUAAAGGUAUCCCCACACUGAUCAUUGCUGUAGCAAGUAUAGACGACGCCACGUCAAUAGCUGUGUUCGGUAUCAUAAAGAGCAUCAUGUUUGUUCACAGUUCUUUGACCUCCUUAGUACUGCAAGGACCGGUAUCCAUAAUUGGCGGAUUUGGAUUUGGGAUUCUGUUUGGAUUACUGCUAAAAUAUGCUCCAGAAAGGCAUGACAAGUUUGUUGUUCCUUUCAGAAUAUUGAUGCUGUUAGCGGCAGGUAUGGCAGCGAUUUACUUCAGCGAGCAUCUUGGUUAUGGUGGUGCAGGACCCCUUGGAGCUGUUGUAGCAGCCUUUGUAUCGCUUAUAUUCUGGACGAAACAAGGAUGGAGCAUAGAGGAAAACCCUGCAUCUACCGCCUUCCAAAUUUUCUGGAUGAUUGUUGAACCGGUACUUUUUGGAAUUACUGGCGCUCAAGUGAGAUUCGAGGAACUACAUGGAACUGUAGUACUGAUAGGCAUAGGCAUUCUAAUAAUGGGAAUUAUUAUCAGGAUACUGGUGACGAUGGUUACUGGAAUAGGAUGUAAUCUCAAUGCGAGGGAGAAAAUAUUUUGCGCUAUCGCUUGGAUGCCCAAAGCAACAGUUCAGGCUGCCCUAGCUCCAAUAGUGCUUUCUUUGGUCUCCGAUCCCAACUCCAAAGAACACUCUUACGCCAAGAAGAUCUUAACAGUCUGUAUCCUAUCCAUAAUGAUAACUACCACCAUAGGAGCCACCCUGGUCACCUUGCUAGGCAGCAAACUCCUAAGAAAAACCAAAUUUGCCGUUGAACCAGAGCAAUGGAGAAGAUCCCAUAGGCCUUCUGUAAGAGAUAUCAGCAUAGUCGAUGACGAUGAAACCGAAGAUAGUGAUCAGAGUGAAGAAAGCCCUAAAGAUAAAGAUAGUGAAUCUGUAAAUGAAAAUAUCGAAGAUAUUAAUAAUGAUAAAGAUAGUGACGUAAAAGUAGAUAUAAGAAGAAGAAUAAGUGCUGAUGAUGAAGUUAAUCAUUUAGAUUUAGCGAAAGAUGAAACAUUAACUGGUAGUGAUAAGGUUAAUGAAGAUGAUAAUAAGUUAAAUGUAAAAAACGAAAAUUUACUUAGAGUGAACGAAGAUGUUAAAGAUAGGGAAACAAAAACAGAUGUGAAGGUUAGUGAUAAAGACGAAUAAGGAUAUUUUGUUGUUGUGUUUAUUUUGUAUAAUAAAAAUGGUAGUUUUUUUAAG